CAACAGGUGAGCAGAACACACACACCUGACCCCAGGCUGCUGCAACACAACACCGCGCAGAGGAGGCGGCCGCGGCUCGGAGAGGGACAUUCUGACGGACAGGGCCGGGAACCAGAGAAGCCGGGACCAUUUCAGCGCCCCGAACAGAACCAAACUGUCAUUUACUCUCUUUAAUCUGGAGGCAGGUCGGCGCGGAUUAUUGAUCAGAUUUAAUCCGCUUUCUGCUUUAAAAAUAGCGGCGAUGCUUCAGGACUCCCAGCGCAGCAGCGACUAGUUCCAGGUUUCAGGUCGAUAGUCUCCCAGUCCGGCAGCACCAUGAUCAGCUCCGAGGGCCUGCGGCCGGCCCCCGCCGGCAGGAAGCCGCUGGGGAAGCUCGCUUCCCGGCUGGAGGAGGUGAAGAACCCGUGGAGGGAGGGCUCCAAGCUGGAGCUGAGCCACAACGAGGCGGCGCGGCUGGCCACGGACGCGCUGCUGGAGCACGGGGAGAAGGAGUACCGGCGGGUCCUGGCCGAGGAGCGGGAGCUCAACUUCCUGUCCCCGCUGGAGAUCCGCUACAUCAGCCAGCAUGCCGCCAGCAAGACCUCCGACCCCGACAGCGGCGACCGGGACGACGGGGACGCGGACGCCGUGUCCGAGCUGACCUCCGGGACUUACUUCCCCAUGAUGUCCGACGACGAGCCGCCGAUGCUGGAGCUGGGCUGGCCCGAGACCCCGGUGCGGUUCGGACCGUCGGAGACCCAGAUCUACUUCCAGAGGGACAAAACCCACAACAUCAAGGACCUGAUCCGGUCCAUGAUCAACAAGGCCAAGAAGGUCAUCGCCGUGGUGAUGGACAUCUUCACCGACGUGGACCUGAUGUGUGACCUGAUGGAGGCGUCCAACAAGCGGCGAGUCCCCGUCUACAUCCUGCUGGACGAGAAGAACCUGAGCUACUUCACGGACAUGUGUGUGGCGCUGGACAUUCAGAACUCUCACCUGAAUAACAUGCGGAUUCGCAGCGUCUGCGGCGACACGUACUGCACCAGAGGCGGGAAGAAGUUCACCGGUCAGGUCCUGGAGAAGUUCAUGAUCAUCGACUGUGAGGAGGUCAUCGCCGGCUCCUACAGCUUCACCUGGCUGUCGGCGCAGGUGCACAGCAACAUGGUGAUGCAUUUCUCAGGUUUCAUCACCGACAGCUUCGAUCGGGAGUUUCGCUGUCUGUACGCCGACUCGCAGAUCAUCGACAGGUUCAACUCAGAAGACGAAGAGAUGCCUUAUUUUCCGUCAUUCCAGACCUUCCAGGCCCCUGGGAUCGGCCUGGGGCUCGGCGGGCCCCUGGGUCUGGAUCUGCACUCCGACAGGCAACGGGACCGGAGUUGCUCUGAAAACUCCAGCAGCCAAUCAAGUAACAGCGUUUCCAGCGUUAAGGUCGCUCCGGGGAUGACCUCCAACAACGUCUACAAGGUCACUCAGGGUCAUGAGAAGAAGGAACCCGUCGGCUCGUCUCUGCAAAGCCCAGAGAGGAGAAUCGGUGGUGGGCUGAGGGUGGGAGGCCCGGGAGUCCGAGGUUCUCCCAACGGCGGAACCGGUCACAACCCGAUCACCGACCGCCAACUGCCAACCUACAGCCAGUCAACGGGCAUCGAGUGGAACAAACCCAGCUCAGCCGAACUCUUGCGGGCAAACAUUGGUGGCACUUCUACCAAAUUUCAGGGAUUGGGUUUGUAUGAUCACAAGCCCACCUUGUUUCAAAGUUCUCCAAACACAAACCUGAACCUUAAGAUCCAGACGCCGUCGCCCGUCAACGAGCCCAAACUGCCCCCAAAGCAGAGGACGCCCACCGGCCAGUACCACAACAAGAUGUCCGACAAGCUGCUCUUCUCCUCCAAAGACAAGGAAACCUUCAACUUCCGGCGGUCUCCGUCCCCGCUGAACUCCUCGCCCUGGGGCGGGCCAGAACUCUCCCAGCCAGAGCCGGAGAGCCAGCAGUGCCCGCCGCCGCCGACGUCUCCGCCGGGCCACAUGAGCCGCCAGGACCAGAAGCGGAUGACGCUGGGCCACAGCAAGCUGGACCUGGUGAACCACUACAACAAGCUGAAAAUGAAGCAGGUCUACAGCCGCUUUGAGCUGAAGAGCAAAAACUGAAGGACCGUCUGCGUCCUGCCGCACCGUUCAGACUCAGAGGAGUUUUCUGAACCUUUUCUGUUAACUUUUUAUUUCUUUAUUAUCUUCCACAGCCGGAAAACAUGGAACACUUACUGAGUCGGCCAUUUUGGCUCUGAGACACUGUUCAGUUUCCCUCCUGAAACCGUUUCGCCUCUUCAUGGAAAUAAGGACCAACUGUUGGUUUCAACAGGGGUGUUCAAAGUGCGGCCCAGGGCCAUUUGCAGCCGUCUGAAUGAUUGUGUGUGGCCCCCAACCUCAAUCCAAGGAUGGAUACUUUUUCUUCUUGUAGAGCAAGUUUUUAACAAGGUUUUUUCUUUUAUUUUUUUUUACAGAUACAUAACAUCUUACAAAAAUAUGAGGUACAAAAAAUAGAUUCUCUUAUAUUAACAACUUUUUUGCUUUUGUCUUACCUUUGGAGUAACUAGAACCACAAACAUUGAUCUACUGUUACUCAAAUGCAAAGCAUUCAGCCCAAAUAAGAAAACAAUCAAACUUUUAAAGUCUUAUGAUAAUGCAAAACUUUUAAUGUUUUGGAUCUAAAAUAACUUAAAAUUUCACUUUAUUAUUGAACAGAUACAUUUAAAAAAAGGCUCAAGAAGUUUGUUUUAAAAUACUUUUGCAGCCUCCAAGUGUUGGGAAAAUGUUUGGACACCAGUGGUUGAAAGAGAUUUUUCUGUAUUAGAUUAUUUUAUAUAAUGUUUAUUCUCUAAAAUAAUCUGUUAAUCAUCAGUCAUGCUCUGGAAACAAGAAGGCGUAGCAACGAGCUAACACUGGAUUAAACCUUCAACACUCCAGGAACGUUUUUUUCUAGAUGUUGUAAAUAAAUGCAACCUUAUGAUAAUUUCACUGUAUAAAGAUUUUAUUUUAAAACUUAUUUUAACUGCCCCUCCCUUAAGUGUUAUGUACAAUUACCAGCAAUCUGAAUUCAAGAUAUUUUAAAGUCUUUAAAUCUUCAAAAAAAAGUCAGGUAAUUUAAAUGAGUCUUGUUGAAAUUGUUUCUGUUGAUGUUUUAUUAAAGCAGAAUGCACUGUAAAACAUUCCCAGGUUGAAACUGGCACAAAAGAUUAUUCUGAGAAUAAAGUCAUAACAUUAGGAUUAAGCCAUAAAUCAUAAAGUUAUAACAAUACAAGAAAGGUUGUAAUACAAUAAUAAAGUUGUUCGACAGAAUUAAAUUUUAUGAAAACUCCUACAUGAAAUAUAAUUGACAUUUAAAAUAAGGAAUGUUGAAGAUCUUGAAAAGUUACAUUUUGGUCGGUUUUACAAAUUAGAAAAUAUUUAAUCUUUUAUCACAUCAGCAUUAAGUUGUUAUCAGUAGCAGGACAAUAGUGGAGUCUGUUUGGAAAGAACCACCUGGACCUGCUGAGCGGGUCACAUCAGAUCUUAGUAACUUUAUAAAAGUUUUUUCUCAUAAUUUUUCAUCUUCAUUCUGAUCAUUAAAAAUUAAAAAUCCCCAAUGCGCCGUCGUAGCUUCAGUUAGAGGCUGGAAGCUAAAAGGCACAAAGAUUCCCAAGUUUUUUUUUGUUGUUUUUUUUUUCAAAUUAUACUUUUAUUAAAUUUCAGCAACAACCAAUUAACCGUUCCAGCAUAAAUCUUGCUAAUUUAACAGGAAGCGAAAACAAAUCUAAUAAGUUGCAGCAUUAGUGUGUCAUCCUGACACCCGGGCCGAGUCGAAGGAAAUAGAGAAAUGAUUUAAAGAAUGAUUCUGUACAUAAAAAAAUAUAUAUAUACCACGAUUAGCAAUUGUACCAAUUAAAUUCAUCACCGCACUAAAAGUUGAGAAGUUUUCAAAUUGAAGUGUCUGGAGGACGUUUUUAAUAAACUGCGGUAUCGCUCGGCGUCUCUGUCCCAUAAUCCCUUGCUUCUGUCUGUACUAACAGAUGAGGUAGUCCCAGUUCACCUGUAACGUCUUCAUGUUUCAUCCUCUGUUACACAGAAGGAAGCAGGAAGGAAAUGAAGAGCUUUCAGUGUCUGAAACAAACCACCGCUUGAAAUUCAUGAAGCUUUUUAGCAUCUUCUGAGACUCUUGCAGGAAUUAGCCGGUGCCGUGACUCACCCAGUGGUAGAUGGGACCAAACCGGUCAGUAAAAAAGGAGAAAUGCUACAGACCCGUUGCAGCGUGACGUCUGGACUGCACACUGUGCACUGCCCUAAGUUAAUAACACCUCCAUCUCCAGGUUUCAUUUUGUUUUACCGCAGCAGCACAGCUGCAGACAGCAUGUAAAGGAAUCGUCUUUUUGUCCUGCAGCAGUGGGCUCAACAUUUCUGGAUAUAAAUAAUAACAUCCAGCGGGUCUAAUCUCAGGAUUAGUAAUGAACAUUAAAGCGUCAUCAGCGUAGAGUGUGAUUCUGUUUUCCACAUUUUAUUUUCCUAACUUGCAGAAAAACCCUGUUGGGUCCUCAGAGUGUCGGGAUAAAAACGUAGAGAAGGAAGAACCGUUUACUGGUUUCUGAACGAAUCCGACUCAGUUUGCUGCACAAUCUGAUGUAUUUUUAUUAUUGUCAUUAAAUAAUGAUCAACUGUUUUAUUUUUUUUAUAUGUGCGAUGUUGAAACAGAAAUCAAGCUGUUUAUCUGCAGUUUUUUUGGUUAUGAUCAUAGUUUCCUGGUAAGUCGUGCCUUGAUCAUCCUGCCUUAAGGUUUACAGCCACGUUUCUGACCAACUCUGUCUCUGACCACCUGGAUUGGGUCCAAACUCGAGGUUUCCUCCUGUCCGGCGCAGGAGCAUCAGCAGAAUGAGACCUGAAGGUUUCAGGGCAUUUUCUUCCCAGCAGCUCUGCUGUGAUGUUGUAUAAAACACUGGUUUCACUGGGUUGCUUCUCAAAUCUCCUUUUAUAUCCAGAUUUGUAUAAAACUUAUUGAACUGUUUCUACUUGGAAGUUUUAAGAAUGAAACGCGCCGAUCAUCAGCCGGCACAUCAGGGCUUCAACCUCGGCGUCGAGCAAUAAGGAAUGAUGUUGAUCACAUGUUUUGUGUUUGUUUACGACUAAUUUUUGUAAUUUUUAUUGUUUUGUCUUCAGUUAUUGCCUUCAGCUGAAAUGUGUCAGAAUGUGCAGCCAUCAGUUUACCUGCAGUUUGUCCUGUUUGGCUGAAUAAUCAGUUUAUUGUACAUAUAAAAAAGAUUUCUGAUUA